AUGUCUGAAGUAAAUGUAACAAAAGUUAUAGUAAAUAAUCCUAUAUGUGAUAUAUUAGAUCCCUUUGUUUUUACUAUUGAAUUCGAGGCAUUAAAUAAAUUAGAGGCAGAUCUUGAAUGGAAAAUUUUUUAUAUUUCAGCUGUUAAUAACGAAGGAGAAAGUAAUCAAGAUAUUGAAUUAGAUAAUAUUUUUUUAGGACCUAUUGAAAGAGGAGUGAUGAUGUUUGACUAUGCAGUUAAUCCACCAGAUUAUAAAAAUAUGGAUAUUGAUAGUGUAUUGGGAUUGCAAGCAAUAUUAAUAUCAGCAAAUUAUAAAGAAAAAGAAUUCAUUAGAAUUGCAUAUUAUAUGAAUGCUUAUUAUAAAGAUAUGGAGUUAAGAGAAAAACCUCCUUUAAUUCCUCAAUAUGAUAAAAUAUGUAGGCAUAUAUUUAUUGAAAAUCCGCGAAUAGUAAAAUUCAAUAUUGGAUGGGAUUCAGGAGAAAAAGAUGAAUUCAAAGAAUUUGAUAAAGAAAAUGAAAAAAUUGAAUUGUUUAAUUGCACUAAAAUUAAAGAUGAAAAUGAAUGUAAUUCAAAUAUAACUAAUCAGUCUACUCAAGAAAAUUUUAAUAUUUCUAAUAAUAAUAAUGGUAAUCCAUAUAUUACAUCAAAUUUUAAUUUUAAUAGUAAUAAUAUAAAUAAUGAUUGCAAUCAAAAUAAUUUUUUAAAUAAUAAUGAACAUCCAAAUGAUUUAGACAAUUGUGAAAUUUUUAAUGCAAAUUUAAAUGGAAUUAGUAGAAUUACUAUAGAUAAUAAAAACUCCUAA